GCCAGGACCCUAGCACAGGCUGCGAGCCGGAUAUGCCCCCGCCGCGGGCAAACAAGUUUGUGUAGAUGCGACUGGGAGCGCGCGGGGUUGCACCUGCUAGGGCGCAGGGCGCGCUGGCGAGGCGCCUUCUCCGGGCCGGCGCGCCAGGACCGUGGCGGACGUGUGGGUAGCAUCUCACCACGUCUGGUCUUGGCUGGAUGUGCACAGGCAGUUGUAGCAGCCGCUUCUCCGCCAGGAGCCCAGGGACGCCCGGUCCGAGUCCCCGGUCGGGCUGAGGGCAGGAUUUGGGGUGCGCACUGCCUCCCUCCUAGGUGGAGACAUUCGCCAGAAGCUGCUCCCCCUCUUUCGUUCCGUUCCCAAGCCAGGCUUCCGGUCAGCGAAGGGUUUUCUCCUAUCUCUUGGUGAACUUGAACACUGGCAGAGGCAAAACCGAAACGUUCCUGAGACUGGCGAGGGCCAGGAGAGCUAAGGGAUGGGGGAAAUGGUGACCCCUGGACAGAAGGUACCAACAAGGGGCUUGUGGCUGCUGGAGAGAAGUGAUGGUGACAUUUGAAACCCACAGGGACAGAAGCCCACAAGUGUGCUGACAGGUGUCAAGAGUCAGGAUGCUGGGAUGAUGCCCUUGGAGGCCCUGGCAUCCCUCCUGCCCAGGUGCUAGGAGCCGUCCCCAGGCUCCAGCUAGGAGCCCUGCUGCCCAGGGGCAUGGCCAAACCUUUCUUCAGACUCCAGAAGUUUCUCCGCAGAACACAGUUCUUGCUACUCUUCCUCACGGCCGCCUACCUGAUGACCGGCAGCCUGCUGCUCCUGCAGCGGGCCAGAGUGGCCCUCCCACAGGCCCUCCGGGCUCCCAGCAGCCUGCAGGCCUUACCAGUGGCCACGGUGGCACUGGGUGUGGGUCUGCUGGACGGCAGGAGCCUUCGUGAUCCCCACAGUAGCCCUGACCUACUACUUGAUGUGGACACACUAAGGAGUCCUCUGGCCCGACUGCCACCUGGAAUCCGCUGGCCCCGGAGGAACCGCAGCUCACUGCGGCGGCGUUGGCUCCACCACCUCACCAGUGACCCGCAGGGGCCACCCACCCUGGGUCCGGAGGCCUCUGGACCGGCCAGCCAUAACCGAGGCAAUUACCUGGGAUGCUUCAGUGAGGAGGGCCAGGAGAGAACCCUGAAGGGGGCCGUGUUUUACGACUUGAGAAAGAUGACGGUGUCCCACUGCCAGGAUGCCUGUGCUGAGCGGUCCUAUGUCUAUGCUGGCUUGGAGGCUGGUGCAGAGUGCUACUGUGGGAACAGGCUGCCGGCCACUCGUGUCAGCCUGAAGGAGUGCAAUCAGGAGUGCAAGGGAGAGAAAGGUUCCAUGUGCGGGGCUGUUCGCCGGCUCUCUGUGUACAGCGUGGGACUGCAGCAGCCAGGCUCCAAGAAGCGACGCACAGCCACCUACCGAGGGUGCUUCCCACUGCCAGAGAAUAUCACCCACACCUUCUCCUCCUCCAUGACACAGGCCAACAUGACUGUGGAGACAUGUUCUGGAUUUUGUUCCCAGAAAGAGUUUCCUCUGGCCAUCCUCCGGGGCUGGGAUUGCUACUGUGCUUACCCGACCCCCCAGUUCAGCCUGCGGGAUGCUGUGGAUGGAGCUCUGUGCAGUCAAGCCCCAGAGACACAAGGGCUACCUGGCUACUGCGAGGUCUACCAGACACCUGUGCAAGAUACCCGGUGCACAGACAGAAAGUUCCUGCCUAACAAGUCUAAGGUGUUUGUGGCUCUGUCGAGCUUCCCGGGAGCUGGGAACACAUGGGCAAGGCACCUGAUCGAACAUGCCACUGGCUUCUACACGGGAAGCUACUACUUCGAUGGAACCCUGUACAACAAGGGGUUCAAGGGUGAGAAGGACCAUUGGCGGAGCCGGCGCACCAUCUGUGUGAAGACGCAUGAGAGUGGCCGGAGGGAGAUCGAGAUGUUUGACUCGGCCAUCCUGCUGAUCCGGAACCCCUACAGGUCCCUGGUUGCUGAAUUCAACAGGAAAUGUGCUGGACACUUGGGCUAUGCCCCUGACCGCCACUGGAAGAGCAAAGAAUGGACGGACUUUGUGAAUAGCUAUGCCUCCUGGUGGUCCUCACAUGUCCUAGACUGGCUCAAGUAUGGAAAGCGGCUGCUGGUCGUGCACUAUGAGGAGCUGCGGCACAGCCUGGUGCCCACACUUCGGGAGAUGGUGGCCUUCCUCAAUGUGUCUGUGAGCGAGGAGCGGCUUCUCUGUGUCGAGAACAACAAAGAGGGCAGCUUCAGGCGGCGUGGCCGACGCCCUCAUGACCAGGAGCCCUUCACCCCUGAAAUGAAGGACUUGAUCAAUGGCUAUAUCAGGACAGUGGACCAGGCCUUGCGUGACCACAACUGGGCUGGGCUGCCCAGGGAGUAUGUGCCCAGAUGAUAGGCCCACCCUGAUUUCCUGCUCCUGCUGAGAUGCAGUUACACUGAUGGGCUGAACACUGCUCUAGUGCAUUGAUCCAUGGACCCCUGGGAUGCAUGGGGGCUGGCACACAGUCAGCAGGGUGUUCUUGGAGGUGCUGCUUUGUGGGUUGGGGAUCCUGGGCAGCACAAGGCUUCCUCAGAGAGAUGUGCAUCCCAGUGCGCUCCUUGCCGGACACUUACGCAUCCUCAGACACACUUAGACGUCACCCCAUUCUCACAGUGACCAUUUUAAUGUGCCUAAGCCACUUGAGUGGGGUGUGCCAGACACUCCCAGCUUUGCACACACAGACAGAAAUGGACACACACACACAUGUGCCAGAGACUGGCUAUCUGCCUCACACAUACACAUGUGCACACACUCCAGGCUUCCGGAGGCUCUGGGUUUCUUGGGUUUAGUUGGAUGCAAACUGGCUUUUGGGGGCCCUUGGCUCUGGAAUAUUGUGUUGGAGAGGCGCUGUUGAUCUGAGUAGUGCACUGUAGUGGGGCUGGAAGUGCACAACAGACUGUUGCUGAUGGGUACUGUCUGACCCUGGCUGCUUGUCUGACAUCCCAUAAAUGUGUGUGCGGUGACAUCCUGGCACUGCAAACACUGUGCCUCUGCCUGUCUCUUCUCUAUGGAUGGUAACUGGCCACGUUGUGCAGCCUGGAGCCCACUGCUGCUCACCAAAUCCCAACAGGCACACAUGCUGACUUUAGGACACCCACUGCCAUUCAUCUUAGUCCAGUUACUCUCUUUCAACUAACAACAUCAGAGCAACUCAGAGUAGGCCACUUGCUUCUUUGGCUGAAUGUUUUAGGAAACUGGAGCAUCAAGCCCUGCCCAUAAAGAGUGAGGGUCAGAGGAUGGAGUGGGGGGCUUGGCCUUCAGGGCAUCUCCAGACUCACGGGAGACCAUAUGUAGCAGGAGGGGUUUGUGGUGGACAUGGGAGACCCUAGAUGGUAUGUCUCAGGGACCACUGGGACCAGUUGCCUCACAUGCUAACAGCUCCCUGCCUUAUGAAGGUCAUACAGAAAGUUCUAUGAAAGCCAACGAUAGAGACAUCCGCCCACAUGCUCAGCACUUGAGAGCUGGAAGCAAUAUAAUCAAGUGCUCAUGGUCAUCUUCAACUACGUAGGGAAUUUGAGGCUAGCUGCUCUGCACAAAAGAAAAAAGUUCUAGGUGUUGCUAAAAGAGCUUGGAAUACUUCUGUUUCUCCCUGGGUGACAGCUUUCCCUGAUACUGCAUUCAGUCUGGCACUGUCACCAUGUCACUGGCCCUGCUACACUCUCUGUCUUUAUCUUUGUAGUCAUCCUUGAUCCUUUUCUUUCAUUGAAGGAUAGUAAAAUACUGAUACAGUCUUACUCAGUCACCUCCACUCUGCCCUCUGUGCUGCUCAAAGGAUAGGAGGUGGGCGUGACAACGCCCACUUGCCCCCUUCCUGGCCAUCUCACCAGCUGUGGGGUUGUCCUAAUGGGAAACCAGUCAGAGGAAUGUAUGUGUUGUGUGGUCUCAGGCUGAUCCUGGGAUCAUCAAGGGAUGCUUCGUGGCAGUCUUGAGAUGGUUUUGAAUGAGAAUGGUGUCUGCUAAGAAGGGAAGGACAGUUGGGUGGAGAGCAACACGUACCUGUGUUCAGAGGCCUAGAGACCCCGGUGUGCAUGUAAAGAGAUGGGAUAGCCCUAAGUGCAGACUCAGACAGAGUGGAGACACAAACAUGGAUUCCAUUCUUGGCCUUUUACUAUUCAUCCCAUCCUGACAGCCUGAGAUCAAAAUAACCACUUAUGCACAUAGCUGUCUUGGGUCACCUUGGCUGCCUGUAUGUGUUGGGCUCAGAGAUGGGUAUAGGUUGCAAACAAGGUACAGGAGUGGGAGUAAGAGGUAGGGGUUGGUAAGCCUGAACUCUGGAGGGCUUCUCUAUGUAAGGUGACCCUGGCAGGGUGUAGUGUCCUGGGAAGGCACCAGGGAAGCAUCCCUCAACCCAAGCAAAACCAUAUAGAAGGAAAGGCAGGGUAGACAGUUGAGAGGAUGGUCAUGGGAAGACCCAAUCUUGCUCCGUGGCUAGAGUAUGGAGGCUGGAGUCCCUGUUUGGAGCCAUAGGGUGGGUGGGGGUGUUAUUACCACAGAACUGCCUCACACAGCUACAUAUCUGCUCCUAAGCUUCCAUGUCCUUCCUGCAGAAUCUAUUCUUUUUAAAUCACUCCCCAUUGCCUGCCUGUAAGUCCUGUUCCCACUUCCUUGUCUGUUUUGUUUUGUUUUGUUUUGAAACCCACUAAGUUUAAUCAGGACCAUCUGUGAAACCA